UGCGUUUCGUUUUACUAACACAUUCAUGAUCCAUCGUUCUUCAUUAUACUCAAUACGGCGUUUUGUUUUUCUCUCUAAUCAGCCGCCGCCUCCUCCUCGAACGCCGACUCUUAGCAUUCUGAUGGCUUCUACAUCGACAAUAAAGCUAUUGAGCAACCGCUCCUCUAUUUUCUUCCACAACAACCCUACUUUCUCAAAUCCCAAACGCAUCCUUCCCCGUUUCUUUCAUCUCCCCACCCAAUCUACCUCCAUCCCCCUUCCUCUUCUCUCCCAGCUCGAUCGCUUCUGCUCCCUCUUCAAGAGCAAGCGCUAUGCCGCCGCCAAGUCCCUCCUCACCCACCUCGCCACCUCUGACCAUCCCUUGUCCACCUCCCUUGCUUCGGCCUUCGAGGCCUCCUGCCGAGCGGCCUCCAUCUCCUACCCCACCGCGCUGGACAUGCUCUUCAGAGUCUAUGCCGACGCUGGCUUGACACACCCAGCCCUGGAGACCUUCGAGAUUUUGCUCCAACGCUUCGGACGCGUCGAGGAUCGCUCUUGCACCGUCUACCUCCAGUCGCUACGGAGAUCCGGCCGCAUCAACGAGGCGCACCAAUUCCUUAUUCGGAUGCUUGAUUCGGAUGCUGUUGAUGUGUCGGCGUUCUCGAUGGCGAUAGUGGUAGAUGGGCUGUGCAAGAAUGGUGUCUUGGAAACUGCACGGAAGCUAGUGGACGAUAUGUUCCUUCGUGGUCUAGCACCAAAUGUCAUGUCUUAUAAUCCUAUGAUUGAAAUCUAUGCCAAGAAAGGUGAUUUCAGCUUAAUGUAUCAAGUGCUAAAGGUGAUGGACGAAAGAGGCGUUGAGGCUAAUGUUGCAACGUACACGAUUUUAGUUGAUGCAUUCGCUGAAAUUGGAGAUGCAAACAAGGCUGAGAAGGUGUUCGAGGAAAUGUCUACAAAAGGUUUUAUUGGGGAUAUUUAUUUAUACACUUCAUUGAUCAAUGCAAACUGCAGGGCGGGAAACAUCAAGAGAGCAUUUGCCCUCUUUGACCAGUGCUUCGAGAAGGGCCUUGAACCCAAUGACUACACCUACGGAGCAUUGAUCAAUGGGCUUUGUAAGCACGGACAGGUUCUGGCGGCGGAAAUGAUGAUGCAUGAAAUGCAAAGCAAGGGAAUCGACAUUAAUCAGAUUGUUUUCAACACAAUGAUCGAUGGGUACUGCAGAAAAGCAAUGAUAGACAAAGCAUUGACUUUGAAAGCUAUAAUGGAGAAGAAAGGAAUACAGCUCGAUGUCUACACUUACAAUACUUUGGCCUGUGGGCUGUGCAAAUCCAAUAACAUCAAAGAAGCUAAGAGUCUUCUUCAUGUUAUGGUGCAGCAAGGGAUUGUUCCCAACACUGUCACCUGUACGACGUUGAUAGAUAUACUCUGCAAAGAAGGGGACAUGGUUGAAGCAAAGAGGCUUUUCAGGGAGAUGGUUAAUAAUGGUGCAGAUCCUACCGUUGUAACUUAUAAUGUCAUGAUUGAUGGCUAUGUCAAGAAAGGUAGCAUUACGGAGGCUGAGAGGCUUCAAAGGGAAAUGGAAAAGAAAGGUAUGCUGGUCGAUGUAUACACAUACACAUCACUGAUUCAUGGUCAUUGUGUAGGUGGGAAGUUGGAUGUUGCUGUCAAGUACUUUGCGGAGAUGAAGCAAAGGAAUGUGCAGGCAAAUGUUGUCACAUAUACAGCACUGAUAUCAGGGUUGUCCAAAGAAGGGAAAUCAGAUGAGGCAUUUAAGUUGUAUGAUGAGAUGUUGAAGGCCGGAAUCAAUCCAGAUGAUUCUGUUUACUCCUCUCUUGUAAGCAGCUUCCAUAAUACAAAGGAAAUGCGAGGUUUAUCUCAUGGGGAAGUGAUACAUGGUCGUUGAAAAGUGUUCUUUCCAGUGGCAACUAAUUCAGGAUUGUUUUAUUGAAGAUACUCAAAUUGAGGGACAAUCACAGUUGCAUAUAAUCUGGAAUUAUGAGAAAUGAGAACAGAAGAUAAUAUAUCGAGGGAUUGUUAAGCAUGUGUGGUGUAGAGCAAAUUAGGAUGGAUGACCAUUCCGAGAGCAUUCAACUUAAGGAAGAUAUAAGGGAGCUAUGCGGUUAUGGUUAAAUUCCACUUCAUUCUUUGUGGCU